GCCAGCGUUCUGCAUCGCGGUCCUCUUCGCAGCGUCAGCAGUUCCAGAAGCCUUUGCAAAGGUCAACCUCUGGCAGGCUCAGUGGGAUGCGAGCAAGAAGUACAACGAGUACAAGAAAAGGAAAAUCCGGGAAUGGAGCUCCGCCGGCUACCAUGUCGGAACCGCAAGGGAUCGUGCCGGCGAGGGCCUCCUUCUCGGCAAGGAAGACGAGAAUGUUGCCGUUGAUCCCGAAGCUCUCCAACGCUUGGCCAAGGAACCGGUGAUUCUGAAGCUGGAUCGGUCCGGACGCGCCAUCAAAGAGGGCGAGAAAGUAGAUGG